GCUCACCUUACCAUAAGACAGAUAGUGAUGUAAUUUCCGGUGAUACACCCGACUCCAUUUUACAAGAUAACAAAUAGAGUGUUAUGGAUCCGCACCAAAAACAAAGGACUGAAAACGGCAGGAGCGGCUAAGUUGGGUUGUCUUCAGUUGAAGUUUGACACCUCCUUCUUGACUGGAAGAUUUGUUUAGACACAUGUCACCCGACGUCUCUAACAAAAUGCUACAAUAAAAGUUUGUUGGCUAUCACUGUUAGGGGUUGGACCGAACGUGACCAUGACGAAGAUCUAAGGGAAGUUCUUCUUUCAACAUAGGACUCAGAAUUUGAAUUGCACCCCCUCAUGAAAACCAGCAAGGGAGUAGACCACUAGCAUGAAACAUGGACCAAGGUGCAGUUGACAGUCCAGUCACCCUUGUCAUCAAGGCCCCCAACCAGAAGUAUGAUGACCAGACCAUAAGCUGUUUCUUGAAUUGGACUGUAGAGAAGUUGAAAAAACACAUCUCAAAUGUGUACCCCAGUAAGCCGUCAUCAAAGGACCAGAGGCUGGUGUACUCAGGACGGCUUCUCCAAGACCAUCUACAGUUGAGAGAUGUCCUCAGAAAGCAAGAUGAGUACCACAUGCUCCACCUGGUAUGUGCCACCCACAGCCCCCCCGAGUCACCAUCCACCCACAGCAGUGCCAGCACCCCUGGGACAGCGGACGCCAGCUCUGGGAACUUUGACGGUUCCAGCUCCUCCUCGUCCUCCCCAGCCAGCUCGCCCAAUCAGGAUGGCCCAUCCACCUCCACCACAGGAAGUUCUGACGGCCUGAGGCAUCGGGGGCCCUCCCACACGGUCAACCCUGCUCCCCCAGGCAUCAUGCAAGAUCCAGCAGGAUUCCCAGUCCCCAUGCAAGCAGGAGCCCCUCUGCCGGCCCAUCCCAUGUACAUGCCUAUGCAGAUGCUGUGGUGGCAGCAGAUGUAUGCCCGUCACUACUAUAUGCAGUAUCAGGCGGCGCUGGCAGCCUCUCAGGCCCCUAUCACCGCCAGUGCCCCCUCCCCCAGUGCCACACUCUCCCCGCCUCAGCCCCCCCAGGCCAACGACCCCCCAGCCGCCGCUGCCGCUGCCCCCAACCCCGCUGUGGCCGUUGCUGCCGUGCCCGAGGACCGGCCGGCCAACCCCAACAUCCAGAUGAAUGCCCAGGGUGGGCCUGUGCUGAACGACGACGAGCUGAAUCGCGAUUGGCUGGACUGGAUGUACACGGUGUCGCGCGCGGCCAUCCUGCUCAGUAUUGUCUACUUCUACUCGUCGUUCGGCCGCUUCGUCAUGGUGAUCGGAGCCAUGCUGCUGGUGUACCUGCACCAGGCAGGCUGGUUCCCCUUCCGUCAGGAACAGAAUCCCGGAGCGGGAGAGGCACCCCAGGAGGAGGUCGACCGCCACAACGAUAUGCAGGAGAUGGAGCGUCUGAUGGAUGAAGGCGUAGACGAAGAGGACGGCGAGAGCGGAGAGGAGGGCCAGCCGGACGGUGCCAACCCCGGGCCACCUUACCCAGGCUUCCUGGCAGCUGCCUGGUCCUUCAUCAGCACCUUCUUCACCUCACUCAUCCCUGAGGGACCUGCCCACGGUGCCAACUAGGGUUUGCCUGUGUGUGUGUUGUGUAUUGAGUGUGCGUGCGUGCGUGUGUGUGUGUGUGUGCGCAUGUGUGUGUGUGUGUGUGUGUGCGCAUGUGUGUGUGUGUGUGUAUUGAGUGUGUGUGUGUGUGUGUGUCAAAGAGUGGGUGAGGCACAGAGGCCUGAGCCGUGUACAGCGAACUGUUGAAGAGGAAAAAGAAGCAAAGUGAGCGGAUAAUAAAAGAAUGAGGAGCCCCCCCUCAGAAUCAUGGUUGUGCCAUGUCAGCAGGUCAUAAAUGCUGCUUUUAUGUGUGAGUACACAUCCCUUCUGCGUUAGUUACUAAGCCUACAGUUUUACUAUGAUUUUUGCUUUUAUUUUUAUUUUUGUUUUGAUCACGUCAGGAGGUACUUUUCGGUGGACUGACAAUGUCUGUGUCUUCCAUAUUUUUCACCUGUUUUAAAAAAAGAACUUAAAAGACUAACAGACACACACUGACACAUGCAAGCAAAUAUGAGAACUUAUAUAAACGCUAUGUAAUGCAUAUUUAAACAUAUGGAUCUCGUUACAAGAAGGCAUUGCUUUUUUGAAUAAUAAAAAAAAAAAACGUUGGAGUUUCA